ACCGUUGUUAUUAAUACUCAAGUAUUAACAAUAGUCAAAUAUUAUGAUAAUCAAAUUUUUAUUUAUAAAGCAUUAGCAAAUGAACAAGAAAAUCUAAGUGAACCACAAAAAUGGAUAUUUUAUUAUGCCCCAUUGGCUAUUCCUAGUAUCGAUGUGGAAAAUAAUAAUUGGAUAUGGGCAUCGGACAAUGAUUUUAUUGUUAAAAUAACAAUUGAAAAUGAUGAAAUAGAUCGAUUAGUGCGUGAAGCCGUUAUAAAAAAAUAUGAUGCAUCAAAAACAAAAUAUUCAGAUGUUUGGGAUGUUGUUCCACUAUUAAUCAAUUCAUUAACCGUUUAUUUAGUUGAAACUGGUACAACAAAUCCUGUUCAAUCAAUUUUACCAUCAUACUUAAUACAUCCAACUUCGAUCAUAUUUUAUUCACUUUUUAAAACUUCAUCAAAAGCUCA